UAGUCGCAAGAUCUAAAUCCAAAUCAACCUAUGCAUAUAGAAAAUUUAUAUUUAUAAUAUUUAGAUCUGCAUUCCAUUUUUAUGAAUUUUAAUCAAUUUGGCAAAUGAAUGCCAUUUUAAAUCUUCUUUGUUACAUUUCGUGGUGAAAUUCUAUUCCCUCUCUCUCAGUAUAAAAAAGCUUUGAAACUGUAACUUCUGCAUCCAUUUCUUCUACUGCUUCGGAGAAGAUUCAGGCAGGGGUGUGAUACGGGUGGUCCAAUUGUUUAAAUGGCAAAAUCCAAGAAGAUGCAGCCGGAAGUUGGCUCCCAAGGCCAUGGAGCUAUCCUGCAUAAGUUAUCAUCUCGACGUAAGAAGGCUUGUGGAGACACGCACCAUGAAAAGCUACAACCGAGGGCAUCAGAAAAGAAAGAGUGGGACAUCGCUGUAUGUUCCAUCUGCUUAGAGUCUCCUCACAAUGCUGUCCUCCUGCUUUGUUCCUCGUAUGAAAAGGGUUGCCGUCCCUAUAUGUGCGCUACGAGCAACCGAUACUCUAACUGUCUUGAGCAGUACAGUAAGGCCUCCGCCAAGGUAACCUCGAACCCCCAAGCACAAUCCUGGCAAGGGUCAAUUGCUAGUUUUAAUUUCUCAGAAGAAUCCAGUUGUCUCGAUAUGAAGAGUAAAUUAUCCGAGCUUCUGUGCCCACUUUGUCGUUCGGAGGUGAAAGGUUGGACUGUUCUGGAGCCUGCUCGCCGGUACCUGAAUUCCAAGAACCGAGCCUGCGCACAAGAGAAUUGCUCGUUUGUUGGAACUUACAAGGAGAUCAAGAAACAUGUAAAGGUGGAGCACCCAAAGGCAUGCCCUCGGGAUGUAGAUCCUUCGCUGGCGGAGAAGUGGAAAAAGCUCGAGAGGGAGCAAGAUCUAAGCGACGUGUUCAGUACAAUCAGAGCUAGUAUGCCUGGGGCGGUCGUCUUCGGCGACUACGUGAUAGAGGGGAACCACGGAAUCUCCGGUGGCAGCGACGAUGAUGACGGGCUCUUCGACGGCACAUUCUUCAGGUUUCCAACUCGCGGUGGUGGUGGAUGGAACGACUCCCCUUUCGCUCCCGAGGGCGAUUACGACUCUCUCGGCGAGGGGUUCUUCCGCAGGCUACAGGCUAGACUUGCCUCAAGAACCACCGGCCGUAACAUCUCCCGGAUCGCGCGUCCACACGCCCGGCUCUUGUUCACGAGGCAGGCGAGGAGGUCGAGAGACCGCAGGUAAAGCUCAGCUCGGCUCGUACAACAAACUCCGACCGUUUUGAGAUUGUUUUAAAAUUAUAAUCUGGGCACAGCUAUGCCUGGGGGAAUUUGCUUUAUGUUGUUGAGCAAAAUUUGACAAUUUAGGUCCCGAAAUAGUUAGCACAGGAUUUGUCAUAAAAUAAGAAAUAUUCACCACAACUUUUUUGAUCAA